AUGAAGGUCAUCGACUUGAGCUUGGCCCUGCUGGUUGCGGUCUCGGUCUCCUCGGCUCAAGCCACCGCUACUAUUGAGUACUCCACCGUGACGGGAUACUUCUUACAGGACGAGGCAGCCACGGAUCCAUCGACUUUUGACUAUACCGCCGUCAACUUUGGCUUGAUCGACCGUGCCUAUCCGGCUGAUAGCGAGAAGAAGAAGAAUCACUGCGAGACCAAGACCCUUACUCAGUGGGAACGGUUCUACAAUCAAGUUGAGAAGCUCAAUCGUGAUUCUGAUAAAGAUGUCGAGUAUAAGGUCCUUUUCUUGGGCCGUCAUGGCGAGGGUUUCCACAACGCGGCGGAGUCUUAUUUCGGCACUCCGGCCUGGAAUUGUUACUGGGCAGAGCUUGACGGCAAUAGCACCGCGAGCUGGCGCGAUGCAGCCCUGACCCCCAACGGCAUCGACCAAGCACUUGUCGCACACAAUUUCUGGCAGAAGCUCAUUCAGGAACAAAAAAUCCACACCCCAGAUGACUACUACGUCUCGCCUCUCACCCGGACCCUCCAGACGGCCAACUUCACAUUUGAAGGCCUGAACCUGCCCCAUGGAUCGGCCCAAUUCAAGCCCGUCGUGAAGGAGCUUUUCCGCGAGGGCAUCAGCAUUCACACCUGUGACCACCGCCGCAGCAAGAGAUACAUCCACAACCUGUUCCCCAAGUGGCACAUCGAGAAGCAUUUCACCGAGGACGAUGAGCUCUGGAACGGAGUCACUUCGGAGACGAGUGAUGCCCAGGAUGCGCGCAGUGUCCAAGCUCUGGGUGAAGUCUUCUUCUCGUCGAGCAGCAAGAAGCAUUCCUUUGUGAGUGUGACCAGUCAUUCGGGUGAGAUUGGUUCGAUCUUGCGGGUCGUCGGCCAUCGGUCUUUUAGACUGAACACCGGCGCGGUUAUCCCUGUGCUUGUCAAGGCCGAGAAGAAGAAAGAUUACGUACCUGCGCCGACGACUACUGUUGCCUGGACCACUGAGCCGCAUUGCACCGUGCCGCCUGUGACCAGUGGCUCGGUCUGUGUGUGUCCGUCUAGCGCUGCGCCUGUCACGACUCCUUUGGUGACGGAUCUAUAA